ACCACCUGUUCUGCGUGAAAGAGAAGGAAUGAAUCAUCUGAUAAAGGGGAGGAACAAUACGCCUGGUAAAUGGAAGCCAUGAAGAUAUCAAAGCGGUUCUUUGCUUUUGGGAUUUUGGCAUGCAUAGCUAUUUAUGUUGCAUACAUAAAAUGGCACUUGGACUCUAAGCCAGUCUUAGGAGCAACGGAAGAAAUUGCUGAAAGCAGGAGAGACAAAUCGACCCAUCAGGCAGUGACAACAGAUCUCUCAGUCUUUUAUGGGAUUAUGUUUGAUGCAGGAAGCACUGGAACUCGCAUACAUAUUUUUAAAUUUACACAGCAACCAAAAGAGACUCCCAGGUUAAACCAUGAGACGUUUAAAGCACUGAAGCCAGGUCUGUCUGCAUAUGCUGAUGAUGUUGAAAAGAGUGGCCAGAGCAUAAAAGAGCUCCUGGAAGUAGCAAAGAAUGAAGUUCCCAUGGAGCUGUGGAAGUUCACUCCUCUGGUCCUGAAAGCAACUGCUGGCUUACGGUUGUUGCCGGGAGAGAAGGCUCAGAAGUUGCUGAAUAAGGUGAAGGAGAUUUUUCAGGCUUCCCCCUUCUUUGUGAGGGACAACUGUGUGUCCAUAAUGAAUGGAACAGAUGAAGGCAUUUCAGCCUGGAUCACAAUAAAUUUUUUAACAGGUAUGGUUGCCUGAGCAUGUGCAUAAAGGUAUGCCUGAUUCUGUGAGAUUUAUGCUGUU